UGUCGUUUCACGUGAUCCGACAGAGGGGGUUUCCCCGAUUCCUUACUACACGUCGACGUUGCACAUUCCACGCGUAGCAUGGCACCUUCACGUGUCAUCUGGAUGACGCGCACGAACACGACACAGUUUUCAGUCCUGAAACAUCGAGUCAGGUUCGGGAGUGUUCUUAUUGUACCUGCAAAAUAGGAGAGGGAAAUUAUGACGUUUGAAGAAGAAUUUGAUGUGAGCUUCAAGGCAUCAAGAAAUUGCACAAACAACAUGAUUUCAAUGGAUGCUAGAAUGGCAUUGCGGGAGCUCCUCCUGAGUGCAAAAGUUGAAGGACGCAUCACUUAUGGAGUCUACCCAUCAGUCAGAAAGCUUGGCAGUGAACCCAAUAAAGUAAUGCUCUGUAUACACGCUGAUAACAAUGCUGAUGAGGAUGUUGCCCUUCACAUCCAUUUCACACUCAUGGAGGCUUUCUGUCGGGAGCAUCACAUACGACUGCUCAAGGUUGAUUGCAGUGAAAACCUGGCAAAACUUCUCCAUAACAAUGAUGAAGUGAAUCACGUUUCACUUGAUACCUUGGAUAAUUGUCGUGCUCCUCAUCCUCGCCAUAGAAGCAAUAGUGAAGAUUUUGUCUGUCUUCUUGUAGAUUUUCCCAAGGAGAUUGAUGCUACUACAGGCUGCUUUCUUGAACAUUAUCAUGUCAUGGCCAAGGAAAUGCCCUUUCCGCACAUCUCUGUUGCAUCUUGAGGGACAAAUGUAAGAGUGUGGUACAACAAGCCCCCUCUGUUGACUGAAGAAAAAGUACAGUUGGACUGUGCCAGUUGCGGAAAAGUGUGCUAUGUUAAACAGAGAAGAUGCAUGUGUACUUUGUUGGAUAGCAUCUGCCACUUUGUUCAAGGGAAGGCCAUGUGUACUUGGGGAACACCCCUGAAGGAGAGUGGAGAACAUUUGUGUCAUCAUAGCAACAGGAGAAUAACACGUGGCAGAACAGAGGAAAAAAUACAGACCUUUAAAUGUAUUAAAGCGCCAUGAAAAAUACAAAGUUGCACUGAGGAGUCCAAGACUGAGUGAAAAGCAACUCCACUAGCCACUAGGCUAAUUCAGUUAAUUUACUUGUUUAAUUCAGGAGGUUGCAGCAUCUGUUUCUGGAUUUUGUUUUAAAAGUAUCAAACAGGAUUUAUUGGAAUCGAACUGUAUUUCUCUUUGGAACACAGUUGUUUGACAACAAAUUUAAUGGUGAUUUUGUUCAUUCCUGGUGGAUGCUGCAACAAAUGUCAUUGUUGAGGCACUUGGACAUACAAAUGUAUACAGUAUCAAAUUCUGAGUUCAGACUUAUCCAACAAAUGUGAUAAGUGAUUCUUGUUGCUUAUAAACUGUUUUUAGCAUUGACCAGCAAAAAGAACAUAACAUGUACGUGCACGGUAUCAGACCUUGUAUAACUUUUAAUCUAGAAUGAAUGCUUUCAGAUCAGGAUUUCUGUUUUGUUCGAAUUCAUUCAUCCUUGUUUUAAUUACGGGUGACUAAGAUAGUAUUCAGACGAAUUAAAGUUCUCCAAAUGCAGAGGUUACCUUAUGCCUUGAAAUUACAUUGUAAGAUCGAUCAAUUGUGGUUAGGUUUAUGAAAGACCUGCAUGUUUUAGAAUAAAGUAAAUACGUGUAAUAUAGCAUAUUUAUCAUAUAGCAAAAAUAUUUAUAACGUUUAUGUAGUGUAUUCAGCACAGGGGAAAUAUUCUAAAAUUGACUGUCAAUUCAAAAUUUUCUGUCGUAUGUUCCCCAAAGCAAUCUGUUUGGAAUUGGACUAUAAAAUUUCCAUUGUUUGUGUUAUAGAAUAAUUCCCUUCGUGCAUCACUACACCGUGUAUAUUAGUCAAUUGAAAUAAAUGCUUUAUUCAAUUUAAGUAGUUUGACACACAAGUUGUGUGAAAAUGUUCAAAUUUGAGGAUUGAAGAAAGACGCAGUUAGGGUAUCAGUCACCAUGACAACAGUGCAGCUUAUUGCUAAACAAUGUACAUUCAUUGUCCUGGAGUAAACAUUGAAAGAAACGAGUUGCAGUUUUCAUCGAAACAGAGGAGAAAUAGUAAAACUGAUUCAACAAAAUCUUCUCUUGGUCAAAGUGUCCAAAUAGCUAUUGUGAUUAACUGACCAUCGUGCAGUCAGGAAACAAGGAAACUGAAUAGGAAAGAUAGAGGUUUAUGCUUAGAGCUAACAGUACAAAAUUUACUUUUGGUUUGAGACAGGCACUUGUUUGACAUACAUGUACUGUAUAAACACCGACAUUGAUAGGCUCAUUACCCCCGUCUCCCUGAACUGUAUUGUAAAAUGUGCGUGAUAAAUUGUUUCCAAAAUUCGUCCCCUUUUGGAUUCUUGGUGGUUUGCAUGUAAUUUGAUUAAACUUUGUAAAGAAAUUUGGGAUAGUGAGUUGCUUGAUUCGUGAAAAUACUUGAAGGGAUUAGAGAACCUCAGAUAAAAGAAUCCCAAAAUUAACCAAACAGUGGUGUUUGAUUAACUGGACUUAUACUGCAGCCCUUGCAUUAAACGGCGCCCUGAUGUCAUGAUA